AUGCCUGAAGAAACGGAGGCUUACUAUAAAAGUCGUUUUAACUCUCUCGAUGUGGAAAUGACCGAACUCUUCCAAGAGAACGAACAGUUGAACGAGGAUCUGGACAACAUCGACCGCCAGAUUGAUGAAGAACCUACUCCCGCUCUCUACCGUGAGAAACGUCGCUUGGAGGAGGCAAUCGAGGCUAUCGACGCCAGCAUAGAGUCUGUUUUCGCAAAAAUGGAAGACAACCGCAAUAAGUUAGAAGCGUUCAAGAAACGUCAGGCUGACAAGGAAGCGGUAAGUUUUUUUCGAUUCGACCAUCUUAACUCUUUAUUCUUUCUGCAGGUCAAUCGAGAGCCUGAUGUCGUCACUGACUCCUCGUCUGCCGCUGAGGCUUCUCCAUUGAGCGAAUCCUUGUCUGACACCGACAGCGACGGUUUUUAA